ACCUCGGCCAAAGCUUUCUUCAACCUCACGUCUACCUCCGCCGUGAGGCCUCAUCCACCAUCCGAGCUAUCCACCCGGCUUGGACCCACAAUGAAGCUUACCGAAGAUGAUAUAUAUCGAAACUCUUCACAGUACAAGCACUGGUCUUUUACCCCCACACAACUUGCGGAACUUCGCCUUAAAACCAACAUCCAAGCUUGCGAGCGCGUGAAGGCAAACGUAGCCCGACAACGCGCCCAACGCGCCGCGAUAGCCCUCGAUGGCGCCAGCGCAAGCGAUAGCGAACGUGGAAACACACCAGGUCUGGAGAAUGGAAAUGGCAAUGUUAGCAGCAAUGGGGGCACGCCAUUGAGACUAGACAAAGAGGUGGAUUGCUUGACGGUAGCUGAAGAGAUGCGCCUUGUUGAAAAGUUCUGUGAGACGACGCUCGACCUUGCCAAAUUUAUUGGGUUGCCUAGCGAUGUGACGGCCACAGCCGUUCAAUUCCUCCGCCGCUUCUACCUUUACAACUCCCCAAUGACAUAUGACGCUCUCAUUGUCUCCCGAACCAUAACCUUCAUAGCCUGUAAAACCGACAACGCAAACCCUAACCUCGACGACUACAUCGCCAAGCUGGGAAAAGUGACCCGAGACCAAAUCCUCGCACCCGAAUACCUAAUCGUGCAAGCGCUGCGCUUCAAUUUCGAGGUCAAGCACCCUUUCCGCGGCCUCAAAGGCGCACACUUGGAACUCGGCGAGAUAGUACGAGGAGCAUACACUCCCCUCCCUUUCGACACGCGAACAAGCAACGAUCUCGAAACCGAGAUAGCAUCACUCCCUCCCUCGACUUCAGGCGCAAUCACCGGGACCAAAGAUAUCCACGUCCGGCUCGACAACGCGUACGGCUUCGCCUCCAACAUCCUCAAGCGCACCGCCCAACUCACAGAUGCGUACUUCCUCUUCACACCCUCCCAGAUCAUGCUCGCCUCCCUCCUCAUCGCCGACGAACCCCUGACCGUCUUCUACCUUUCCACCAAGCUCCCCGCCUCCUCGCCCUUGCACUCAAAGACCCUUAACACCCUCCGCGCCUGCGCGACUGUUUUCACAACGCAUCGCUCCUACACCGCAUCAUCCGUCAGUCCAGACGAGAAAGCCGCACGCGAUCAGCUCGCGAAAGCGGAGAUCAGCGCCCUCAUGAAGAAACUCAAGAAGUGCCGCGACCCCGAUAAGAUGGACUUGGUGAAACUGAACCAAGCGCAGAAGAGGGAUGCCGCGGACCAGGGCGGAUUGGAGGAGAACAAGGCUAAACGGAGGAAAGUCGCGAGGGAGAAUGCGGAGAAGGAAGCGGAUGACUUCUGGGGUCCUGAGUUGGGUAAAAAAUGAUUCUUCUUUCCCGAGUUCCAAUAUUGGGUGCGCUUGGGUUUGGUGGUUAUGCAUUGAUGGCGUUCACUGGACUUGGGUUUGCCUUUGUGAAGGCUGGUGGGAGGCGUUCCUGGGUUCUCCUUCUUACAUAUCUCUUCAAUCGGGUGGCAGUGAUGCAUGCAUGCCUGGAUCUACGAUUGGCGCUUUGGAAGGUAUAUGGACCGGGCUCCCCAGAAUCUUCCUCUAUAGAACGAUUUACGAAAGGGGGGCACGAGAUCGUGCGUACACGAAUCUAGAUAAUCAACGAACAUCGUAAUUACCACAUAAACCUGAAAAAUCAUCCAGCAUACUCGGAUGCCCCCGCCACACACACAUGUCCUACCCAUGUCAUGAUGUGCACGU